CAGAAUUUCUUUUGGUUUCGAUACAAAUGUAACCACAACGAUUUGGCAAGGCAAUUGGCAACAAAAUUACACUUUGGAUUAACCAAAAGAGUACGAAAUUACCUGUGAAAAUGAUGAGAUUACCGGGAAUGCCCAUGCUGCCAGGAGCGCAGUUCUACGAUCGUGGCAAACGUCGCCAUCCGCGACAACAGACCCUGAUGCACUACCAGGGCAUUCAGAUGCUGUCGGACCGCCGGGAACCCGAGCUGGUGGAACCCAAUGGCAUCGUUGCUGAUCCAAAGUGUCCACCCGUGCCCGCCCAACUCAACAGUCUGUGGGCACCGAAAGCCACCACCAAGUUGCCCCCCUGGCUGGCCUAUGACAAACAGGUGCUCUGCUUCACCGCCUACUUCAAGGAGAACCUGACCGAGAUCUACCAUGCCCCCUACCAGGUGCGCAAGGUGAAGAUCUACUUUUACCUGGAGGAUGGCACCAUGCAGGUCACCGAGCCAAAGGUGGAGAAUUCUGGUAUACCACAGGGUUGCUUGGUUCACCGCCAGCGAAUCCCAAAAGCUCCACCAACCGACCGCGAGUUUAUCUCCAUCUUUGAUCUAAACGUGGAUACGGAUGUGCAGAUCUUCGAUAGGGUUUACCACAUCAGCGGAUGCGACAUAUUCACGCGACAGUUCCUUAACCGAGCUGGCAUCUUUGUGCCAGAGGCUCAGCAGGAGCCAUGUGAUCCCACCACGGAAAUCCGAAAACGUUCUGCCUUAAAACAGACAGCUAACUCCUGCUCCUCGGCUAUACCCAAAAAGCAUACCUUCGCCCAAUUUCUGGAGUUCGAUAGACGGGUGCUUAAGUUCCAGGGAUAUUGGAACGAUCGGAGCGAGUUUGGCGAUGUGAGAAAGCUGGAAAUCUGUUACUAUCUGGCCGAUGACACUAUUGACAUUAAGGAGAAGUUCCCACGGAAUUCUGGAAGAGAAGGACCCAGCACAUUCCUAAAACGAGGAAAGCUGCCAAAAGAGUUCUCGGGACUUCCCCUGCCUGGCCAACAAACGGCUAUGACCUUGCUUAAUGUCCUGGGUAACAGUAUGCGCGAUGUGCGUUACGUAGCCGACCCGUUAAACACUGGCCAAAGAGAAGUGCAGAACUACACUGAUCAGGAUCUGCAGAUCGGAGCCGUUUUAAAUGUCUUUGGAAGGGCUGUUGUCCUUACAGGCUGUGACCAGUUCACACAGAGUUACUACCGGGAGAAGUAUGGCAUCCAGGAGUUUUGCGCUCAACCGAUUCCAGAGAGAAGUGAUAUCCGUCCAUACACUCAGGGUAGCAUACAAUCUCGCAGACUGCCACCCUACAAUGGAUGGGGUAGCCAUGAGGAUUCCGAGGGCAACUGCAUUACCGUGGAGCCCAAACCCCCACAGGCAGACUUCAAGAAGCUCUUCAAGUACGAUGGCUGCAUCUUGCGCUUUGGGGCUAAACUCGUUUCGGCCAUUCGAGACAAUGGAGAGCGUGAUUUUGUCAUUAGCUACUUCCUAGCCGAUGACACAGUACAGAUAUACGAGUCGUCCCGCAGGAACUCAGGCUUCCUGGGCGGAGAGUUCCUUAAGAAGGCACGUGUUCCACUGCCUGGUCAGGAUAUGUUUAGCUCCUCGCGGCCUGAGUACUACAGAGCUAAUGACUUCUAUAUAGGACGCACCAUGACUCUGAAAGAUCAUAUCUUCCACAUUGUUUCGGCUGACGAGUUUACUCUGAUGUACAUGGAACAACAUCCCAGCGAGUUCCCCGUAGCCGAUAUACGACUGAUCAUGCAGAAGAUCCGCGAGGCAGUGCGUCCAGAGUACAAGCAGUUUGUGCUUAGCUGCAAGCCGGAUGGAGACCUCGGUGACUACACCACCGUAAGCUUUGACACGCUCCGAUCCACUCUCCUUUCGUAUCUGUCAAAGGAUUGCCUGCUCAACCAUGAAAUAGUGACCGUUUGUCGCUUUUUCUCGGCUGAACAGGCAAUGCCUCCUAGCUGCGACAGGAAUCGAGUGCGAGCUGCUGCCCAACUUGAGCUAAAGCGCGCCUUAUGGAACGGAGUGGAUCAACUACACGAUCAUCUGAGUCAUAUCAAUCCGGCCUGCAGGCCUUACAUCAGCGAGGCUCAAGUCAGGUCCACUUUGCGUGGCUGCCGGCUACCUUUCAGUCUGGAGCUUGUGGAGGACAUUCUAAUGGUGCUGCAGCGCAACGGACAAAAUGAGAUCGAGGUGCGCGACUUCCUGGCUUUCUUUAACAUGCGCAGCGACCAAGUGCCCGACAUUGCUCCGCUUAACAUCGCCUUUGAACUGUGCCCUAAGCUGCCCUUCCUGCACAAAGGUCGACUGGUGGACUUCACCUGGUUCCUGGACUACCUUGGUCUAGAGGAGGAACUAAAGCGAGCCAACAUUUAAGA